AUGCAGAUGGACAGGGGGUCGAUCCCGUCGGAGAAGAAAUACUUGGUAGACGCCCUUCGUCGUCACCGUGAGAUCCUGAGGUGGGAGACCAUUUUGCUGAGGAGCGAGAUCACGUCCCGAAAUCUGGCGACGAUCACCGGAAAGAAGGCUUAUCUAAAGCGCCACGAUGCAGAUGGCGAUGGGAGAUCAAUAUCACCUCAGUUGGUCGAGCACAUGUCCCUCCACAAGAUCAAAGAAAUCAAACCGGUGAGUUUGCCGUACCUCGUUGAUAAUCAUGAGGAGGCCCUCGAUCUGCUCUUGCACGAGGCACACAAGUUGGCCUACCGGAUCCAGUCUCUGAGCAAAGAAUUCAGUGCCACCAUCCCCUUGGAGAAGCUCAGAUUAUUCCAUCUCCUGUCGCAAGAAUGUCUGAGCAUCUCCGAAACCAUAGCCACGCAUGGAUCGCCAAUUUCUUCUGAAUCUUCUGAGGAUGCUGAAAUUUCUCUUUUCAAAGAGCGUCGUAACGGCUGGGAAUCUACUUGGGGCAGUCCGGUGUUACGGUGUGGCAGCUUCAAUGAUAUAACCACACUGUCCCCUAUGUACUCUACGCACUCUGCACCUCGUGUCAUUGAAUCCUCUCGUUACAUCACCAAGGCCUUGCAGAUCUACUCCUUCAAAAUCUUUGACCUAAAUGAGAACUUGAAGUGGCCACUCGAUGUGUACGGUGUGGUGGCUGCUCGAGACGCUGUGGACUUUAACCGCAACCUUCUCUUCUCCUGCUCCAGGGCUAACUGCCAAGUAGUCACAGAAAAGGAUCCUUUUUUGCACCUGACUGGCCCUUCUCGUGCAAUUGUCGCUGACGAACCUGUUGACUUCGAAGUCGAGCUAAAGAUAAAAUUUGGAACAGAUCAGUCCCAAGAUAUUGCAUUGAUCAGUGCUACUAACCACUACACUUCUAGAGGUGAUGCUGCUUUUUUCUCUGGCCGCUCUUGUUCGGCAACAUUGAGGCUUGAGACAGUUCCUAGAGCGGCCCAAGCAACUAUAUUGUCUAUUCGAGUGGUUGGAGGAGUGUCUCUUUUCGAAUUUGGAGGCCGGGUUGCUUGCUCGUUCUCUACUGAAGAGUAUGUUGAUCCCACAAGCGAGCAAGUUGUGCUGGUUGAGUCUGCUGAAAAGAUUCCUGAGGAUGAUGGUUACCUUACACUGUCAAGGAAGGUUGUUACGGCAGGACUACAAGGAGGAUUGCAAGUUGCCAUACAAGCCUAUGGGGGAUCUGACCGUCCAUCCGUAUCCGGUCUUCUUUACUUCCCUUCCCAGUAUUGCAGGGUAAGUCGGCGCACAUGCUUGGUCGGUGGCUUUGAGGUGGAGGUAACCGUUGCUUGGUCGUGGUUUGUACAGGACAAGAUGGAAAUCUUGUGAUCAAGGGAUCUACUACCUAUCUUGCCCAUCUACUAUGUAUCACUACUCGUUAGUAAAAAUGUUGAAUUAUUUGUAUGUCGGCCAGCUAUGCAAGUAGGAUGGUGUCCCAACUCCCAACUGUUUGUGUAUCGACUUUAUAUUG